AUGUCUACUUUGAAUAUGAUUGUCCCUGAAGUUCUUACAAAAUAUAAUUAUGAAUUUUGGAAGACUUUUAUGAAGAUCUAUUUGGUAGGUCAAGGGUUUUGGGACAUUGUGGAUGGAAUUGAACGUAAACCUGAAGAUACUACUACACUUGAGUUCAAGACCUGGAGAGAAAAAAAUGGAAAUGCUCUCCACGCUAUUUUAAUUUCAUGUGAAGAUGAAUUUUUAUCUUUCAAUAAUGUGACGGACUCAGCCAAGGAUGUUUGGUAUCAGUUGAUCGAAAUAUUCCAAGGAUCGGCUAACCAAUUUGGAGCAGGUGGAACGGUUCUUCUUGUUGCAGUUGCAACUGGGCAUUUGAAAAUAGUAGAAAAGUUGGUGGAGAUGAUGAGCCCAGAAGCCAUUUUAGCCAGAACUACACAUACAAAGUCGUUUAAUUUAACUCCACUUCACUACGCCGCUCGUUCAGGAUACACCAAGAUUGCAGAGGUCCCAGUGAAAAAGAAUAAUUAUGCAUUGCGAAUCAGAGACACCAAGCUGGGGCUUAUCCCAGUUGCUGCGGCUAGCUGGUAUGGACACAAGGUCACCACACGAUACCUUUACGCAGUCACUAUGAAGGAAUCGUUGAUUGAGGGAGACUGCAUAAGUGGUGCUGCACUUCUUACUACUUCAAUUUGGCAUGAGAUGUACGGUAAGAAGUCAGGUCCUGCUUUGCAAAUGCAACUAGAGCUGCAAUGGUUUCAGGAGGUGGAGAAAAUAGUACCAUUAGCUAGAGAAUUUCGCAACUCAAAGGGACUGAAACCUCAUGAGGUGUUUACUGAGGAGCACAAAGAUUUAGUAAGAGAAGGGGAGAAAUGGAUGAAGGAUACUGCCAAUUCAUGUAUGGUUGUUGCCACACUAAUUGCAACUUUUACAUUUGCAGCAGCCUUUACUGUUCCAGGAGGAUUUGAUCAAGACUCAGGCUUCCCCAUUUUACUUCAUCACAAGUUGUUCUAUCUUUUUAUAAUGUCAGAUGCAUUAUCACUAUUCUCCUCUUCCACUUCAGUGUUGAUGUUUCUAUCCAUCUACACAUCGCGUUAUGCAGAAGAAGAUUUUCUUGAGUUAUUGCCGAAGCGAUUGAUCAUUGGUCUCUCUACCCUCUUCUUCUCUAUUGCAACAAUGAUGGUGACCUUUUGUGCAACCCUAUUUCUUAUCCUCAAUGAAAAACAUAAGUGUGUUUCAAUUCUCAUCACUUUCUUUGCUGGUGUCCCAGUUACAGUGUUCGUUUUGUUGCAAUUUCCCCUGUUUCUUGACAUGGUUAUUUCCACAUAUCGUCCUGGAUUAUUCAAUAGGCCGAAAGAUAAUAACUUGGAAUACUAG